AUGACAGAAUUUUCACAGGACAAACAUUUUCAGCCAUCUCCUCAUUUUGUUAUGAAUAUUGGUACAAUUACUUUGAAAUAUGACGACCCUGAUAUUGCAUUAAACAAAACAGAACUACUCGUCCAGUCAUUCAGAAAAUCUUAUCCUCAAUCUUUAUUAGCAUUAACAACAUUGUCUCCUCUUCUUAUUCGUGGCACUAAAUCUUCAGUUGAUCAUGUACGUAAUGAUAUUAUGGAAUAUAAUCGUUUGUUGACCUCUGUUGAUGGUGUUGAUAUUAUCAAAGUGAACUAUGAUAAUAGAUCGAUGGAAACCAACCUAUCAUCUGAUAUUUCUGAUCAAGAGUGUUAUAUUGGUGGCUAUUCUCUUUAUAGGCGAGAUCGUAAUCGCCAUGGGGGUGGUAGUCUAGUCUGUGUUAUUGCAACACUCUGUUAUCGCGAUGGAUACUGA